GAUUUUGGUACCUGCUCAAGAUUAGCACCAAUAGAUUAAAAUGGGGGGGACGACAUGCAGUCAUUUUCUAUAUUUCCUUUUCUUUUGUUUUUCUGUUCCUCUCUGCCUGGCACCCAUUCACAUAUUUAUUAUUUCUUUAUUUCUCUUUCAGACCAGCCAUUAUGCAUCGCAGGCACACCACACUGAGGGAAAAAGGGCGUCGACAGGCCAUCCGAGGCCCGGCUUACAUGUUUAAUGAGCGUGGCACCAGUCUCACUACUGAGGAGGAGCGUUUCCUUGAUGCUGCUGAAUACGGAAACAUCCCUGUCGUCCGCAAGAUGCUCGAAGACUGCAAAACGCUCAACUUUAACUGUGUGGACUACAUGGGCCAAAACGCAUUGCAGCUAGCUGUAGCCAAUGAGCACUUGGAAGUCACAGAGCUGCUCCUGAAGAAGAAGGGGCUUGCGAGAGUGGGAGACGCUCUGUUGUUGGCGAUCAGCAAAGGCUAUGUGCGAAUUGUUGAAGCUAUCUUGGCGCAUCCAGCAUUUGCAGGAGGCCUGAGACUAACAUUAAGUCCCCUGGAACAGGAACUUAGAGAUGAUGACUUUUAUGCGUAUGAUGAGGAUGGAACACGUUUUUCACAGGACAUAACUCCGGUGAUUUUGGCCUCGCACUGCCAAGAGUAUGAGAUCGUGCACAUCCUGUUGAUGAAGGGUGCCAGGAUAGAGCGGCCUCAUGACUACUUCUGCAAGUGCAACGAGUGCACAGAGAAACAGAAGCGUGACUCUUUUAGCCACUCACGAUCACGUAUGAAUGCAUAUAAAGGGCUUGCUAGCGCUGCCUACCUGGCACUUUCAAGUGAAGACCCUGUACUUACAGCUCUGGAGCUCAGCAAUGAACUGGCACGACUCGCUAACAUCGAGACAGAGUUUAAGGUAAGAGCUUAUUCAGCUCUUUUUGGUCUACUAAUUAGGGUAAACUUGUCAUUUUCUGCUCUAAAUUACUUCAGUUGAACUUGA